AUGUCUUUCAGGUGCUCUUUCUUGAACUGUGGGAAAAAAUUCACCCGGAAAGACUACCUCGCAAGACACGAGCUUAACCAUACAAAUGAAAAACCGUAUAAAUGUGAACAGUGUCAGUUCAGUUUUACCCGGAGUGAUCUACUCAAUAAACAUUUCAAGUCUCAGAGUCACAGAAAACGAAAGCAAGAACUUUUCAAGCUGCUGGAGAAGACAGAGGGCUUAGACAAGCCAGAUCAAGAUUUUGAAGAUAUUGAAUCCCCCCUGAAAAAACUAAGGUUUCUGACUCGAAAUGAGCCUAGUUCUCAGAAGCAGCCUUUAAUGACAGUAACAUCCUCACCUAUCGAAGAUCAUAUCUUUACAGAGUCGAAUGAUCUCCCACCAGGGUCCUUCAACAACUACUUAUGGUUGUUUGACGACUCUCUUGACGUCAGAGAUGAUAAUUUUGUUAGUAAACCAUUGAACCAUCAAAUUGAACCGUCUCUACUGUCAACAUCACACAUAGUAGAAGAAGAACUGUUUCGUGAGAUUGAUGGCCAAAGGAGACUUGCUGUAUUGGAAUUGCUAAAUAUUCAUGAGGUGUCAUCCUUGGCACCUGAUAGAUUUUCUCUUUUCUUAGACUUGUACUGGAGUGAGUUCAAUCCCACUUUUCCAAUUAUACACUAUGCAACAUUCAAUAACAACGAAGCCGAUGUAUAUUUGCUAACUGCUAUGAUAUGCAUAGGUAUGGCACAUUCCCCAUUAGAAGCCGAAUAUGAGCUUUCAAUAGUCGUUACAAUGCAGUUUAGAAGGCUUAUAUUUGACGCAGUAGGCGAUGAUGUGGUUUUGAGAUUACCAUUGCUUCAAUCACUAUUACUUCAUAACUUCGCCUGCAAGUAUUAUGGCGAUAAGUUACUUUACGAAAUGUCCCAACUUUUUCACGGCACUAAUAUAAACUUUUUAAGAUUUACUGGAUUUUUCGACGAUUUAGUCGAACCAAAUAUGUCAUCUUCUCCAAGUGCAACUUACCACCAGUUGGAGACUGACUGGAAAAAAUGGAUUCACUACGAGACAUGUAAGAGAACAGCAUACUUCGCAUUUGUUUGUGAUUCUCAACAUGCCACAUUAUUCAAACACCAAGUUCUUUCGGCGUUCAGCUUGCAAAUAGAUUUACCCAGCACCGAUGCUGUAUGGAAUGCGAGCAAUCCUAUUACCUUUUCUGAAAUGUAUAGAUUACAACCUAGAGGACUUUCCUAUCAACAUAAGGUAGUCCUAAAUUUACAGAGUGGCCAGACGUUAUCAGCUCCAGGUCCAUCAAUGCCUUCAGUUAAAGCGGAGGGCAAUUGGCCCGAAUUUUUGUGGAGUUUGAGAUCUAUGAUGAUGCCAUACAAGGAGAGCCAAAAAGAAUACUCUUUAGAUUGUUACUCCCAGUUUUCUCGAAGUAUUUUACUACAUGGAAUUAUAUCUAUUUGUUGGGAUAUGAGAUGGAGGGGAUUAUUUGACUUGGGUAUCGUUUCAAAAAAGAAAUUGAGCGACCUUUCUGGCAAACUAUUGAGAGCUUUCUAUAACUGGAAAGGUUAUCUUGAUUUGCAUAUUUCAAGUGCAAACGAGCGAGCUCUUGGAAAAAACGUAGACCUGGAACCUUCCGUUGGAUUAAACGAUUACGGCCUAUCUCCAGCAUUCUGGUCAAACUUAAGUUCCUACCAAUUAGGGUUAAUUUCUCUUUUUGCAGAUACAGCAUCGAUUGUGAAGUACGCUACAGAACUUAAAAACAGUAGACGGGCAGGCGUAUCACGUAAUAAGAUUCAUAUUGAAUCAUGGGCAAGGUCACCAAAUGGUGAUCAAUCAAUAAGAGAAGCAGCUAGGUUUAUCAGAAUUAUUUCUAAUGCUGAGAAUGAGCACAUUAUUUCUAUACCACAUAUUCCAUGGACCCUAUUUAUUUCAUGCUUAGUAAUAUGGUGCUAUGAAACUAAUCGAGAUUGUUUAAAUGGGCUAACAAGUAGAGAUCACAUCGAGUUAUCCUACGCAAAAUAUUAUAAUCCUUCCGUUUCAUACUUUGACGAGCAGGCAGUUAAGCACGAUACACUUGAGUAUAUUAGCCUUGCAAUUGAUAACGAAGCAGAUGAUGUUGAAACCUCUGGAAACUUUUGGAAAAGGCAAAA